ACAGGAAAUGGUGCAAAGCGUAGAUUUGAUAUUUAUAAUUUAAAGAAUUGCUCAGGCUUUCAUUUUGUGUCUUGAGUUUUGAAAUUGAUGUCGCUUGGCUGAUGAUUGGUCAAGAUUGAGGAAUGAUAGGUCAUUAAUUCGCUGCUUGGGUUCAGAAUUCAGUGAUUUUUGUGGGAGGAUAUAAGUAAUGUACUUAUAAUUUUAAUUCAACCAUAAAACCGAUAUAUUCCACCCUGCUUCAGGCUUAAGCACCAAUCAUGGCUACCACCAACGCCACAACAGAAGUAUACUCCCCAACUCGCGAAGCAUACCAUAUCCUAGACUAUUUAUGCAAGCAAUCCCAAGCACUAAACCUGCCCCCGGGAGUCCCCAACAACCAAAAUGCCGUAAAAUUCCACUCUACGACGGACAAAAUAUAUUUCCCAAUCCCAUUCAAAGAGACCGAGACUCUCGCCGCACUGAAGGCAAUCGAGGGCCUGGUAGCAGGACAAAUCGCCGACCUUCGCUUUGGCGCGAGCAAGCAGACGCGCAAUGUCAGUGUUAGUCUGGAAGCGGCGACGUAUUUUGGGUGUCAGGCAUACAUGGCCAAAGUUGGGGGGAUGGGGAAAUUAGACGCAGGUGUGCGGGCGAAGCUGAAAGAUACCGAUCUUCUGGCGGCGCAGUCAAAUGGAUACCGACGAAUGUCAGCGAAUCUGUAUCGAACGAAAGAUGGGCAAUUCUUUCACAUCCAUGGCUCAUUAGAGGCGACGACAACAUUGAAUAUGAUUGGACUGGAAGGGAAGCGGCCGGAUUUGACUGACUACCAAGAAAUCAUCAAGACAAUCGAGAGUCACGUUGAACAAUACUCGGUAGAAGAAUUGGAGAAAAUGAACGCGGAGAGAAGACAGGCUGGUGUGACGGCGUAUAAAUACGAGGAUUUCAUUAAGACGCCGCACGGCAACCUCAACAUCCAACAACCUCCAUGGAAAGUCUCCAAACUCCCAGGCGACAUCCCCCCAACACCCUUCCCAGCCACCAAACCCAACGGUCCUUGUCGAAUCCUGGAGGGGAUAAAAGUCCUCGAGUUAUGCCGCAUCAUCGCCGGUCCCACCGUCACCCGCAUACUUGCCGAAUACGGCGCUGAUGUGCUGAAAAUCACCAGCCCGAAUCUAAGCGACGUUCCAUUUUUCCAGGUUGACGGGAAUAUGGGCAAACAUGCCGCAGAUCUAGAUUUAAAAUCCGCCGAGGGACGAAGUGAGUUCGAGAAAUUGCUGGCUGAAGCCGACGUCUUGGUGGACGGGUAUCGUCCUGGAGCGCUCAAAAAACUCGGUUAUGGACCUGACAGGCUGGCCGAGAUAGCGGAGAAAAGGGGCAAGGGGGUUGUUUAUGUGAAUGAGAACUGUUUCGGGUAUGAGGGGGAAUGGGCUGGGAGGCCGGGAUGGCAGCAGAUAGCAGACUGCGUAACCGGAGUAGCCUGGGCACAAGGGCAGUUCAUGGGCCUCUCGACACCGGUCGUGCCCCCCUUCCCGAUAUCUGACUACGGCACAGGCUGCAUGGGCGCAAUCGCGGCAUUGACAGGACUAUACUACCGGGCAAAAACCGGCGGGUCAUACCACGGCACGGCGUCGCUUAUGCACUACGACCUCCUGCUCUUCGCAGUCGGACGGUAUCCAGCCGCAGUGCAGGAACAGAUGCGUGCAGAGGUGGUACCGGAGUUUCUUGCGCUGCGGCACCACGACAGUGUAGAUAGGAUUUCGGCGACAACGCUGAGGAUGUUGCGAACCAAGUAUCCGGCGUUGUUUGGGGAGAAUGGGGCCGAGAUGUAUACGGAGAAGUGGGUGGCGAAGAAGUAUAAUGGGGAAGUUAUUGAAGUUGUUAGGCCGGUUGCGAGGGUUGAUGGAGUUGAUAAUGGUUUUGUGCGUGCGAGUAGGCCGAAUGGGAGUGAUAGGGCGUCUUGGGAGGAUUUUAAGGGUGACGAGGGUGAUCGGAGGGUUGUUGAUGCCUAACCCUAAGGGAUGUAACAAUAUUCAAGUGGUGGUACACAUUCUAGAUGCAUAUAUAGU